AUGCCCCCCACCAAACGCCCCUUUCCAGAUCCCUUAGGGGAAAUCUGGACUGCUGCUAACUCAGAGAGUAGUCUAUCGACAUAUGAAACUAAGUUACGAGAGUUAGGCCUACGCAAGAAGCUCAAGAGGGAUGACUGGGCCGCCGUGUACCAGAGUCAUCUCGACAGAAAGGGUAAAGAGUCGGCGGUCUAUCUUAACGGAACCAAUAUCCCAUGGAAGAAAGCAUGGAAGGAGAUCAGGAGGUCAGGGGCCCUAUUGACUGAGAGGAAUCGAGACGCUACACUCCCAAGGGGGGUGGUUGUGAGGACACCCUCUCCCGCAGGGCAGCUUGUCCUACAUUCUCCACUGGUCUACCAAAAUCUACCAAGCUCUUCACACUCGCCAUUGGCACUUCCGCAUUCACCACCCACUAUAUCACAGGAUCAGGGGACACCUGUUUACAACAAACAGAUUACUGUACACCAAUUUGAAACCCAUCAAGACCUAUCAACUUUCAUCCAUUUCCUUGACCAGGUUGAUGAGACCAUGCUUGCCCUGCUUUUCGCUUUAAGAAACUAUCGUUCUGUGCUGGAAAAUAUGCCUUGGGCUGUUUUUUAUCGCCAACUACUUCACGGCAUUGGGGCUACUGUACCCUAUCGUGGAAAGGAAUUCGAUGAUGUAUUGUUCCAAUUAUCACCGUUUAGCUCGAUGAGUGAUCUCGAAUUUCUCGCAGUUGCGGGCACCGCGUUCCCAUCGAGUACAGGCUGCUCAACUUUAACGUCCCCUUCUUUUGAAGUGGCACGGAAUCUCGAUGUUUUCUACGUUUUUUCUAGAGUUAUAUAUGGUCUUUCCAAUGAAAACUACCUUCUCAGGUUAGAGACAGGGCAUUGUCCGGAAGAGCUCGAGAUCUUAUUUGAUCGAAUACCCCAGGCCAUCGUGAUUGGCCUAUUUCAUAGCGAUCUUCCUACUAUGAGAGCUCUGUGGGAGAGUUUAGUGUACGCCGCUGGAAAAUGGGGUUACAAAGAUACAUUCGCCCUUCUCAUCGAUGUUGGAUCGAAACAUAAUGGGUGGAUUCUUCCUUAUGGCACCGAUUACCUCUCGUUCACUGCUGCCACGGGCGCGGUGGGCAUUAUCAAGACCCUACUGAAGAUCGGAGCACGUGCUGACCGUCACGUCUCGUACGACGAAAAUUCGCCCAUUUUAGAAGCCGCUGUCACCGGGAAUAUAGAAUGUAUAGAGCUGUUGUUGGAGGAAUCCGACGUAAACAGAGUGGUGGGAAUGCUUGAUUACCAAAACGCAUCCAGUUUCAUCUGGGUAUUAUGGACAUUUAUAUAUGGAAGACUUCCAACUUGCAAAAAACGGGACCAUAUAUACCUAUCAAAUUCUUUCAAGGAAAUAGAGAAGACCGGCAUUCUAGAGCUUAGCCUUAGUCUUGACAACGAGUCACAAAGCCGAGUCUUAGAUAUGCUUUUGGAUAAUGGCGCAAAUGUCGACGCGGCUUGGAUAUUCCCGAGAGAUACUGCGCUACUAAGUUUCUACGCGCGGAAUUAUGUCACGGAAGAUUGGCGCCCCACGGUCCUGGAACGGGCCUACUACUGGGACGAAGGGCUUUUCCGGAAGUUAUUGCCAAGAAGCACUCACUCGACGAGGCGUAUCGCUCGACCAUAUGUUUGUCUCGCAGCAAAACAAGGCAAAGAAGCUCUCCAUGAAUACUUAAUAUCACAACCAACAAAACCCGGAUUCGCCAUGCGGAAAUUUCUGGAGAUGGUUCUUGUCGAACAGUUCCUAUUAGACGAUAUGGUCCUUGAUAUCAAGGUUGUCCAGGGGCUUAUCGAGUUUGGAGUUGACCCAAGACUCGCCUCACUCUCGUUGAAACCUAACUAUCUCCCCUUGUGCCUUGUGAAGAAGGCUCGGGAGUAUGAAUAUAAUGAAGAUUUUGAUUUCACCUUAAGAUUACUUUAUCAGGAAGGAGCGAUAAUAGAUAUGGAUGUUCUGGAAGCUGGGGUUGAGGAAGAAGGAGUUGACAUCUUGGCAAAACUUAGUAAAUAUGGCGCUGAAGUGAGCCGAUUUGGUGCUGCAGCGUUGUCAACAGCUGCCCGUCUGGGCAACUACGGGGCGGUUUCCUGGCUGCUGGAUGCGGGUGUGGAUGUCAAUGCCACGGUCAGUAUGAAAGACGUAAUCACCAAUCGUUCUGAGUCGUGGAGCGUCAUUGCCUUAGCAAGCAACUAUGUUGGCUUCUCCCCUAGCAGAAAGUGCAGGGGGUGGAUCUAUGGCAGUGACAAGCGGCGGUGUGGUUCAGCUAAUCGCGAGAUGCUCAAUAUUUUGAUCGGUCGUGGUGCAGUGUUGAAGAACAGCCCACACGAUAAAAAUGCCUUCAACUUCAUGCACCGUCUUCUUGAAAACAGUUACCCUGAUCCGAACUUAUUGGAUAAUGUAAAAUUCUUUCUGGAGUUGCAAGUGGAUUAUGAUGAUUUGCUUGGAACUGGGAAAUGUCUAUUGGAAGCCUGUCUCAAUCCGAUGAAGGGGGGGAUAAAAAUAUUUGGUUUUUCUGGGUUCGAAGAGAGGCAACAAAGGCACGCUAUUUUUGAACUCCUCAUUAAGCAUGGGAUUCCGAUCAAGAGAACCCGUGUGCUACUACCGUGCCUAAUUAGUCAAUGCGGCAAGCCCGAACUGAUCCAACAGCUUCUAGAAGAGGAUGCGAAUAUCAACGCAUAUUGCAACUCGGGAGAAGGUUGUCCUUGGCGAUACAGCCCCAUUCAAGCAGCGGCUUACCAGAGUAAUAGGGCCUUAGUUGACCAAUUGAUUAAUAUGGGCGCCAAUAUCAAUCAACCAGCACAUCGUGGUUGCGGACAAGCCGCACUCCAGGCUGCCUUUUUGGAUGGUUUAGCAGAUAUGGAAUUUAUACAAUUCUUGCUUGAGAGGGGCGCAGAUGUUAAUGUCGUCGGACGCACUGAUUUGGAUGAAUUUAUAACAGUACUGGGACAGGCCGCUGCAUAUGGGGACUUGGAGUUGGCUUUUCUACUAGUUCGCUAUGGGGCUGACCCGAAUAUAUGUGGGGAUUACUGUGCACUGGAUUACGCUGCGGACGGGGGCGGGCUCGAUAUGGUUCACUUUUUAUUAAACGUUGGUGGACUUAGUUAUAUUCGCGGGCGAACUGGAUAUGACGGAGCAAUCCGACUUGCAAAGGAGAGUCGACACUUCGCUAUUGCGGAUUUAAUACAACAAUACGCGGAUGAUGAACUCAAGCGGUUCGGUACUAAUCUCGCGAUGUCUCGAGAGGCGCGGUGGGACUCAGAUGAUUCCGAUUAUAGUGAUUCCGACGAUUAUAGCGAUAUUGGAUCCGACGAAUCCUGAUGCUCCGGGUGCAUUUGAGAUUUGGUUUUGUUUCUUAUGUACUGGAUUGAUUUAGUAAUGUGGUUGGAUUGAACUAAGCGCAGUCAUUAGAUAGCGGUGUUUCUCUAAUUUAUCCGUCAAUCAAGUCUCUCGAUGAUAAAAAUACGGUCUAUGCUUGGUAGAGAUGUAGUAGCGCCGUAUAGAAUUAUCGACUGUCUAUAACUAAUAACCCGAGUCGACCCCGAAGCCGUCUAUAGUUCCCCGCAGAGAAAG